AUGUCUCGAGCGGGACUGGCGCGGUCUGCGCGAUUCUACUUUGAGCACGGAAUCGACCUGUCGCGAUUUCCAGCCCACGCCCUCGCCCUCGCCCCGCCCAAUGACGUCAGGAAGCGGAUAGAGAUCACACCCGCCGGCAACGAAGAGGAUACACAUUGCGACUUUGUGAUCACCUCGGGGGGUAUCUGCCCCACGCAUGACGAUGCUCCUCCCCCCGUCUCGUUCCGGCAAUCUCUGAACUCGGCGCACGCGCGGACAUCACCUACGCCUCCAGCGCUUGCCGCCCCGUUCGACCAGCCGCUCGAGCACCGCCAGAAGACGCUCCGGUGCUCUACAUCGCCCCGGACGCCUGGAUGGUGCCUGCCUUCGCGCGGCGACGGUCGUGUCCGCGCCCUGGCUAACCUCGAGGGCAUCCCGGGCGUCUUCCCGGGCAUCCCGAAGCUGUUCGAGCGAAUUCUCGCCGGCCUCGCCACGCUCCUGCUGCUCCUGCCGCCGAGCGAACGGCUGUUCCGGCAGCAGAUCUUCACUGCGUGCGAUGCCCGAGUCGUCGAUCGCGCCGUACCUCCGAUCACUGAGCUCCGGGCGCAGACGAAGGCGGAGGGCGUCCGCAAGGGCGGACUGGGGAGCAAGAUUGCCAAGGAGGUUGUGGAGGGGCUCGAGGGGCGGUUCGUGAGCGAGGAGAAGGCGCGGAAGGAGAAGGCGGAUCCCUCCUCGAUCGCACUCAGCUCCCCCGAUGGAAUCCUUGACCCUACCUAUCGAAGUAACGGAAGAAAUACUAGACCAACUGCAAGCCCAGGACCACCUGUGGGCCCUUCCAAUCUGCGCAAGGGUCUGCAGCGCUUGGCUCCCGAGGUGCCGCUUCUUGAUCUGGCACCGAGUAACAGUCUCGAGCCCCCGCUCGCUGGACUCCGUCCGUGCCGCGCUCGAGCGCACACCCAUCCUGUGCUCGCUCGGAAUUAUGAGCAGUAUCCCCACGCCGCUCCCGCUGUCCUCCUUCCGUAUCUCGCCCAUAUCAAAACCUGGGAGUUCUCCGGAGACCUCAACAUCCGCGGGAACCUAGGAAGACACUUCCUAGGCUCCCUCAGACGCUACAACAAGACCAAGAGGAUCGUUUUCGACGACUGCAGUAGGUUCGUUUCCACCCUGGACGUCGCACGCCUGGCCUGCGGGUUUCCCGGCCUCGAGGAGCUUCGCCUCGUUGAUACCCCUAUCAGCAUGGAGCGGUCGCUCAUCACCACCACAAAUCGGAUGUGCAGUCGGCUGAAAAGGAUCGCGGUGAGAUUCUACAUGGUGAACCACAAGGUACUGCUCGAUGCUCAAUGCACCCUCUCACAGCUUGCACCCACUGGGUUAGGCUUCGGACCGGCGCCUGGACUAGGAGGAUUGCUCACAAUCAACGCAGCUACACUCGUGCAUCUCACUCUGGGUACCCAAUUUGCUCUGGCUGGAGAAGUCACCUUCACAGACUUCUCGGUACUCGUACAUCUCACCGUGAGGCUGGAGUUAGACGACGUCUCAGUUUUACAGUCGAUGCUAUCUCUCCUGCAAUUCUCCUUCGCAGAAAAACAACUUCCACGAUCCCUGCGCUCUAUGGACUUGCUGCUUAGACCGUCUGCCCUACAUUGGCUCAGUACCGAGCAAGUAUCACGUUUCGCAGAGAUGAGUUCCACUUUCUCCCAACUCGUGCGCCAUCACGAGUCUCUCAGGGUGAAUGGAAUUACCUGCGUAGUAGAAGACGCAAUGAAAAACCACGUGGACAGAUGGAGGGCACUGUUGGAACAGGUUUUCCCAUCAUUACAUGAGCAAGGACUGCUACGAAUUGUGUUCAAGUACCCUCUUUCCCACCACAAUCAAUCGUAUGGGCACGCAUGGCCCAUUCGCCAGCUGACUUUCUCCUCUGAUGGCAAGUGGGCAGCCAGCGAAGCGGCGAGUCCCAGCCUGAGGCAACGCCGACUCCAUAAUGGAAUCAAAUACCUCGGAUCGGUGAUCAUCUGGGACGUUGGCUCUGGAGAUCCGGUGAUGGAGCACUGGUACCCAAUACUCGACUCUGAACACCUCAUGUACGCCGUCGGACGUGGGCUAACGCUCUCCUUCGCUCCUUCAUGCACCCGUUUGAUGCACGCCCCCUCGGGUCAGCUAAACAUAUUCAAGCUUCCUGGCCUGCUCCAUCAUAACGGUCGUCCUGAGAUAUUGGCAAGAAAAGACUUGGGAUACGGAGACACUCUCAAAGCUAUCUGGUCGCCCGACGAAGCACACGUCGUUGUCCUGGCGGGAAAUAGAGGGGAUGUCCACAUCUUUGAGUCCGAUACUGCAAAGCACAUCCGCAGGCUCAGAUUACCUGAAACCCUGUUUCUCACUGUAAAAGACGACUUCAAGGUUUUCGGGGGGACCCUAUCAGCGUCCCCAAAAGGCCGCCACAUCCUCGUUCACAUCCUCGUUUGGGAAUCUGACCGCCAAUAUAAAGACUUCACUGUCGUUUGGGAUCUGGACACCGAAACGUCCCGUCCUCAUUUCGUCCAACUCCACGGCCCGCAUGUCCUCCACGAUGCCUUGCACAGCGUCGCGCUGCGUUGUACUAAUCCGGAGGACGACGAUUAUAGUGUCCUCGGGCUCACGUUCUCCAACAACCUCCUGAUCUCCGGAACAGCCGACGACGCUGUGAGCGGAGAUCACUGCUCGCAGAUAUUCGCAGGCUCCCCGGUGAUAGCCCUGUCCUCUGACGGCACCCGGGCCCUGCUCGAAGACCCGGACGUUUCGGACUCAUUCGCCCAGCCAACUCUCCGUGUCGAGAACACCGCCACGGGCGUCCACAGACGACUACCGAAAACGUGCCAUCGCACCACGUGGGACAUGUAUCCCUCGCGCGACACCGCGCUCUCCACCACCGCCGCGUUCAUCCCUCUGCACCCGCAACCCCACGACGAGAGACCCACGCGCCUGUGGCUCUGGCCCCGCCACGACGAGAGACCCACCGCGCACUGGUGGUACUGGAGCACGCGAGACGGCCGCACGCGCCGCCUGCGGCGCCUCGACACUCACUUGUCUGAGCUGGUCGCGUUCACCGACGACGGGUCGGUCGUGGGCAGCGCGGGGUGUUGCGGGGUGGUGUCCUUCCACCGCACCGAGGACGUCCAGCUUGCCACAGACGAGCUGGACACCGAUGAUGGCCCCGCCCGUAGCCACUGA